AUGUCAAUUUUAUUAUUAGCUUGUAUUACCGUUGUGGCUUUAGUAUCUGCAAAUCCAACACCAAAGUGCUGUUCAAGUUUACAAAUCUCCGAGCCGAUUCCAAACUCUCCACUUUUGAUUGAUGGAACCUUAAAUAGGGCAGAUUUUAGCGAGACAAAAUCAUCGACAGAAUGUCUGGAAAAUAUAACGUUUUAUGAUGUUAAAGUUACUAGUCUCAGUACUUUUGACUAUUGCUUCACAAAUUCAGGAGUUCAUGUGACAUAUCCAAUCGUUACUGUCUCAUUUACAUAUAAUGACAGCUACUACAACAUCUGGCAUGCUAAAGAGGUCCUCGCAUACUCAAGUGUUAAGAUUAAUUUGUUUAAUAAUCCUUUAGCAUUUGGCAAAGCUACUGGAAGCUUCAAAGAGUUCGAAUUGAAUCAACCAAAUGAUAGACUGUUGCAAUGCUUGCAUAGCUUUGACUUGAUUGGCGCAAUUGGAAAUCAAUUUAAGGGAAAAGAUUUUACUGAAUUCGACAUUAAUUUAGACAACAAACAGAAGCAAAUAGUCACAAUUAAAGGAGUGAUCAAAAGCAGCGAUGACAGCGAUCUUAGUGAUGAAUUCCAUGCCAAUGACUUUGAAAUGAAGUUUAGCCGUAAUAAAGACACGAUUGCAGUUGAGACUGUUGGAAGCAUUUUGAUUCCUGAAAGUGAUGCUUUGCAAAAAUGUGUGUCAGAAGUUGAAUCAUUAUUGGAUAAAAUUGUUUUAAAUUACAUAACAUUAUGUUAA